AAUAAGUACGGGUUAAAACGAAGUAUUUUGUUGAGAUUCUCUCUUCCCGAUUCAUUCUUCUUUCAUAAACCGGAUAGCUGCAGAUGAAUCUAUCAAUGGAAACAGUUUUUGAUUUGUUGAAUUGGGCACUAGAGAAGCUGAAACAAAAGAUAAUGGGUAUUAGUCACGAUGCGGCCAGGGAAAUUGUAGACGAGCAGUAUUAUACUCCUCCGACUAGUCCCCGGCGGCGGAGGCGGCGGCGGAAAGAAUUGCAUCUUCAUAAACAUCAUCACCCCAGGCUAUUAUUUCGGGAAGAUAUGUAUCCCAGGCAAGGCGUGCUGUACAGCAUCUCGGAAAGCCGUUCCUACAAGACCGAUCUAUCAGCAUUCGUGAAAGACAAAUACCUCAUGGAAACCAACGGCGGCGGGGGAGGAUGGUUGCUGGUACACGACUUGAAGAACACCAAACACGUCUUCCUUCUCAACGUCUAUUCGCUCCAUAAGGUGCAACUCCCCAAAUUCGAUUUACUCAUUGAUUUCGCCUGCCUUUCAUUAUCAUCACCGUCAUCCACUUCUACUCCCGGCGCCGGCCUUGUCGCGGUGUAUAACAUAGACUCGUCCACGGUAGGGAUUUGCAACGUGGGUGACAACAGCAGGUUUGUGGAAGGAAGGUUAGCGGAUCCAAUCGCAUCGUUGGUGAGCAUCGGCGGAAAUCUGUAUGGCAUAAUGGCUUGUUCCAUACUCAAUUUGGUGCGGGUUGUGGUUACUAAGGGGAAUGCGAGGCUUGAACCGGUAGGUGAAAUUCCCCGUCCCCUCAGCUUAAUGUGCGGACGAAACGGUAUUAAGGGCUACCAAGGCUUCCUAGCAGCAGAGAGUUGUGGCCGCGGCGGCGGGGUCAUUGUGGUGGUCAAAGUUAGUCGUGGGCAUGUGGACAGACCCCGGGGGCCCCCGCGCCCGGUGGAGUGUUUCCGGGUUUUUACAUUUGAUUUCUGCACCAGUGAAUGGGCAGAGUUGGAUACCCUUGGUGGACGUACCCUUCUCUUGGGCUGCCAUUUCUCCCUUCACAUAUGCCGCGAUGUCCCCAAUCUCAGAAGAAACUGCAUUUACUUUGUUGAACGCGGAGACAAGAAUCUCUACGUCUUUGAUACGGAAGAUAAACUCAUCACUACCCAUCUCCCUUACUCUGGGGACGACAUCCAAACCAACCUCUUGUGCCCAACUUGGCUAUUCUAAUCUGCUAUACAUGAUUCAUUCUAUUUAUUGAAGGAGUUUGACACAGUCAAGAUAGGUCGAGAACAAGACGUAUACAUUCUGCCAUAUACUUCCAGUUGAUAUAAUUACACAAGAGAUCAGAAGCAAAUUUGCAGGUAAACCUAUUGUAUAUCCAUAGAGGAUGAGAGUGGCUACGUAAACAUCCCAUCUUUGAAUUUUACUUCAUAAAUGGAAAGCCAACUGCACAGGGGAGGAUGUGUUGAAACGAGCAAUGAGCCUCCUCUGCCGAGCAGUUUCCUCCGGACAGCCUCUGAAAGUUUUUGGGUUAAGAUAUGGAACUUUGAAUUUUGCGGGUGAGGUCCUCGACUGUUCCAUAUCAACUUCCCUCAACCAUGGAAUUCAUUUAUUCCACUGCCCAGAUCCGUGGGAACAUUCUUAAUGUUGAUGUCUUCAUGCCGGAAGACAGUGGCGGAGCCAGGAAUGGCAGGGGCCUCGGCUUCACCUGUCUCCACCCCUGCCGGAAGAUAAGCAUGUUUUUCACUCAAGAAGUGAAUUUGUGUUUAAUCCUGCUAAAUGGUCACGUGUCAAAAUGGAUGAGGAUUUCCUAAAGCUUUCAAGAACGUUCAAAUCAACGAUAUCUAUUGUUCGAGUGCCUUCUUCGGAUCCAAAUUAUAAGAUUGCAGUUCUUGCAUCAAAGCAGGACCACUGUCUUGUAAAUUUAUUGCAUGGGUAGCAAGAUGGAACACUUCCUGUUCAGAUAACUUCUGUAAUUAGUAAUCAUGAUUCAUGAUAGAAGUCCAAACACCUACGUGAUUCGAUUUCUUGAAAGGCAUGGAAUUCUAUAUCAUCAUUUGGAGACUACUAAUCAUCCUACAACAUUUCAAUCUCUUCUUGCGUAGUAUUUAUUUUAAUUGAAUUGAGAAACUGGAUUCUAUCUGGUUAUGUAUUUAUAAGAACUCUCUAUAGUUUGUGCGAGGAACUUGAUGCAAGAAUCAACUUCCAUUUCCUUCCAUUCAC